AUGCUGUCGUCCAUCCAUUUUUUCUUCUUUAUAUCUUUCUCUUUCUCUGUCUCUCUCUCCUCUCUCUCUCUCUCACUCUUUCUUCCUCAUUCCCUUUUUUCAUCCUCUCUUUUCUUCCUCAAUUUCAGUUUCGUUCUUUUUCUUCUCUUUCUUCUUUCCUCCUUUUAUUCUCUUUCCAUUUCAUUUCUCCUUAACCGUGUCUCAGUCUUUUUCCUGAUCUAUCUAUCUAUCUAUCUAUCUAUCUAUCUAUCUAUCUAUCUAUCUAUUUAUUUAUUUAUUUCAGUCUUUUCCCAGAUCCAUACACAUAUCCUAUCUCACUCUGUUUAUAUCUAUCUAUCUAUCUAUCUAUCUAUCUAUCUGAGGUUGCUCAUUAUGUAUUUGGAGAGUUUUUUUCAUUAUUCUAUCUAUGUCAGUCUGUUCAUCUUCUAUCUAUCUAUCUAUCUAUCAAUUUCUGUCUGCUCAUAUCUAUCUAUAUAUCUCAUAUUUUUUCAAAUCUAUAUAUCUAUAUAUCUCAGUCUGUGCAUAUCUAUCUAUCUAUCUAUCUAUCUAUCUAUCUAUCUCACCUAUCUUAAUCUGUUUCUAUCUAUCUAUCUAUCUGAGGUUUUCAUUAUGUAUUUAGAUGUUUCUUUUCAUUAUCUAUCUAUCUGUCGAUCUAUCUGUCAGGCUGUUCAUAUCUAUCUAUCUAUCUAA